AUGGCUCAUCUAAUUACUGAGUCAUUUGCAAAUGAUAUAGGAACAUGGAAGUUACAAAUUGUUGUAACUGACAUAAAUAAAUCAGUAGUUUUAUAUGUUCGUGGUGAUGAACAUAUUGGAGGUGUUAUGAGAAAAUUAGUUCAAGAAAUUGAUAUGCCACAAGACUGGUCAGAUCAUGCUUUAUGGUGGCCUGAUAAAUGUAAAUGGCUUCAACAUACACGUUCAACAUUAGAUCAAGUUGGUGUUAAUGCAGCAACAUAUCUUGAAUUUACUCCAAUGCAUAAAUAUGUCAAAGUACAAUUACCGGAUUUACAAAUAAUUGAUGCUCGAUUAGAUUUUUCUGUUAACGUCCUUAGAGUAACAAAAGAAUUAUGUAAAGAUAUAGGAAUCAAAAAUCCUGAAGAGUUGUCAUUAAAAAGAUUUUAUCUCCCUGAUGAAUUAAGAAAACAAGUAAAUAAUGUUGAGCAUGAAAAUGCUAAUGCAUACUUUCAACCAGGAAUUGAAUAUGUUGGUCCAGGGACAUUAAGACGACAAGCUCCAAUUAGUGCGACAUUAAAUUCUCAAGGGAAUAAUACUUUUAAAAGACAUCAAAGUCCUGCAAUUAAUAUACAAGGACAAGUUUUUAAUUCAUCAGAAUUGGGAACAAUGCCAAGAGCAGGAACUUUACCAAGAGGGGCAAGUCCUGGACCAGGAGCAUAUUAUGGUACAUUAGGAAGAGUUCCUCAAACUAAUGGAAUUGGAAGAUAUAAUGAUGAUUUUAAUUUUGAAAAUUUAGAUAUUGCAUUAAUUCAUUCACCAAGAGUUUUACCAACAAAAGAUAAUAGUCUUUUUAGACCUCAAAGUUACUGGGAAAAAGCAGCUAUAAAUAGAGGAUGGUUAGAUAGUAGUAGAAGUUUAAUGGAACAAGGAAUAAAAGAAGAUAGUUUGGUAUUAUUAAGAUUUAAAUUUAUGAAUUUCUUUGAUCUUAAUCCUAAAUAUGAUGCUGUAAGAAUAAAUCAAUUAUAUGAACAAGCUAAAUGGUCAAUUUUAUUAGAUGAAGUUGAUCAUACAGAGGAGGAAGCUGCAUUGUUAGCUGCUCUUCAAUUACAAGCAACACUUCAAAAAAAUGUUAAUGAAGAUGAAAUUUCAGAGAAGGAUGAUGUUGAUAUGUUGUUAGAUGAACUUGAACAAAAUCUUGAUGCAGCUGCAAUGUCACGUAGAGCUGAUAUAACAUCAGUUCCUGAAUUAAGUGAAUAUUUAAAAUUUAUGAAACCCAAAAAACUUGGAUUUAAAAAUUUCAAGAGAGCCUACUUUGUAUUUCGUGAUUUAUAUCUUAGUUAUUAUGGAUCAGGAAAUGAUAUUAAUGGUCAACCAUUAUCAUCUUUUUCAUUAAAAGGAUGUGAAGUUAAUCAAGAUGUUAGUGUUUCUCAACAAAAAUAUCAUAUUAAAUUAUUAAUUCCAACAAGUGAAGGAAUGAAUGAAUUUAUUUUAAAAUGUGAUACUGAACAUCAAUUUGCAAGAUGGUUGGCUGCCUGUAAAUUAGCAUCUCGUGGAAAAUCUAUGGCUGAUGCCAGUUAUAAUGGUGAAGUUGAUCAAAUAAAAAAAUUAUUAUCUCUACAAUCAAAGACAACCAAUGGUACAUUAAACAAAAAAAGAAAUCAAUCUGUUCAGUUACCUUCAGAUUUUAAUGUUGAUGAAUUUAUAAGUCAAAGAUGGAUUAAAAGAUCACGUUCAAAACAAGUUUUGCAAAACAGAGCAAAAUUACAAUAUAUAAAAACAUGGCAAGCAUUGCCAGAACAUGGAAUUCAUUAUUUUAUUGUUAAAUUUGGAAGUAAUAAAAAGCCAGAAAUUGUAGCUGUUGCCGUAAACCGUUUAAUGAAAAUUAAUCCUGAUAAUGGUGAAUCGGUUAAAACAUGGAGAUUUUCAAAUAUGAAGAAAUGGCAUGUUAACUGGGAAAUUCGUGAGUUAAUGAUUCAAUUUGAUGGUGAGGAUGUUAAUUUCAAACCACUAUCUGCUGAUUGUAAAGUUGUCCAUGAAUUUAUUGGUGGAUAUAUAUUUCUACAAAUGAGAAGUAAAGAAAAAAGUCAGACACUAGAUGAAGAAUUGUUCCACAGUUUAACUGGAGGAUGGAAAUAA